CAAGGAGGCAAACUCGAAAGCCGCUCCUUCUCGUUUCUCUCUCCUCCCUGGCUCCUCUCUCUCUCUCUCUCUCUCUCUCUCUCUCUCUCUAACCUCAAAGGGGGAAAAGAAGCUUCGAGAGUCGAACACCUUUACCCCGCAAACACCAAUCCCCUCCAACAAUGGCGAUGCAAAGCGGAAUCGCCACCUCCAAGGUCCUCAUCCUCGUCGGAGCAGGAUUGACCGGUUCGAUUAUACUGAAGAAUGGGAGAUUAUCGGAUGUAUUAGCAGAGCUUCAGGAAUUAGUAAAAGGUGUAAAUGAAGGGGAAGCAUCUUCAGGCCACUAUGACACGGCUCUUCUUGCGGCUCAGAUUCGACAUUUGGCUCAAGAGGUUAGGGAUUUGGCACUGUCUAGACCCGUGACUGUGUUGACUGGGGAUUCAAAUUCAAGGGGGAAUUUGGCAUCUUACAUAGUUCCAGCUGCUACAGUUGGAGCAAUGGGUUAUUGCUACAUGUGGUGGAAGGGGUGGUCUUUCUCUGAUGUCAUGUUUGUUACAAAACGCAACAUGGCUAAUGCUGUUGCUAAUGUAUCAAAACAACUGGAGCAAGUAUCGGCAGCCCUAGCCGCAACAAAAAGACAUCUGACUCAACGACUUGAAAACGUGGAUGGGAAACUUGAUGAACAGAGGGAGAUUUCUAAAAGCAUUAUGAAUGAGGUCAAUGAAGUUAGGACUGACCUUUCCCAAAUCGGAUUUGAUAUUGAGUCGAUCCAAAAAAUGGUUGCUGGACUGGAAGGAAAGAUCGGAUUGCUUGAAAAUAAACAGGAUAUAUCUAAUGCGGGUAUAUGGUACCUUUGCCAAGUUGCUGGGGGUAUAAAGGAUGGGAUUAAUGCUAAAUUUUUUCAGGAGGCUAAUGAAAAACUUAAAUUAUCACAUUCAUUUACUCCAUCUGAGGACAAUACGCUCAAGGGACUACAAUUUCUUGCUGAUAAUAACAUUACAGCAGGAGAGACGGCAGAUUUAAAGGCAGAUACUGCGGCAAAGACGGUUCUUGAGAAACCGACGAAAGGCAGUUUCGUUAAAAGUAAUGCAAUUCACAGGUCAUACACGGGUAAUUUCUCUGUACGAAAGGAAGGCCUUGCUCUGUGAUCACAUACACUCAGCAAUCUUUUGUUGUAACGAUUUGUAUAUCUUCAUUGAUGACCAUCGCUUAUUUGUGUUGUUUUCAAGGUUUGCCAGAAUGAGUUAGUGCAAACCUUACCUUUCUCAUGAUUAUUUUUUCUCUAUUUACACCGCCUCUCAUGUGCCAAAGUGUCAAACGUGUGGUUAAAAAUAAAUAUGUUGAUACGUGGCUUCUUUUGUUCUUCUUUAUAA